AACGCCAUGUUGAGAGGAAAGAGUCACAGAGAGCUCAUUGAGUUGUCCAAGGUUAUAAUUCAACCACUAUUGCCCAACUUGUAUAAAGGCCAGGCCGGGAAAGUGGCGGUGAUUGGUGGGUGUGAAGAUUAUACUGGUGCUCCUUAUUUUGCAUCUUCUGCGAGUGCCUUAAUUGGUAGUGAUCUUACCCACGUUAUUUGCGAAAAGGUGGCUGCUCCCAUCAUCAAGUCGUAUUCUCCAGACUUAAUGGUACAUCCAUAUUUGUUCGAUACCGGCAAUCCUGAGAUCACUUCCCAAUUUCUGCCUGAUCAAAUGGAAGAAUUGAGAACACUAAGUCUCAAGGAUGUGAUCAAGCCCAGUUUUAAGCUACUAGAUGGGUUUAUCGAAUCCAAAGUCUUACCCAAAGUACUUGGACUUAUCGACAGGUGUGACAUCUUUAUAAUUGGACCGGGGUUUGGCAGAGACUCAUUGAUGGUAAAGUCAAUGAUCAAGAUUCUAGAGCAAAUCAAGGUUGCUAAUAAGCCGGUGAUUUUGGAUGCAGAUGCCCUUUUCGUGGUGAGCUUGGAUCCUACUAUUAUUCAAGGGUAUAAAAAGGCUAUCUUGACUCCGAACUUGAUUGAGUUUGAAAGAAUCGCCAGCCACUUUGGUAUCGAGUCAAUAUUGAAAGAGACUCGGUUAGAUCCCAUUCUCAAUGCUGUAAGUCAAUUGAGCACCAAAUUGGGAGUAACUGUGAUGAGGAAAUCGAAUGCUGAGAUCAUCGUGGAUGGUGAAAACCACCUCAUCAACGAUCUUAGUGGCUCGGCAAGAAGAAUUGGAGGCCAAGGUGAUACUCUUACCGGAUGUUUGGCUACCUUUGUGAAUUGGUCAUACCACUACCAAGCUGGACUUUGGGAUAACGAGGGACCCAAGCUAAAUGCUCAAGAUUCCACCUUAUUGGCGUGCUAUGCGUCUUCUGCCAUUGUCAGAUUGGCCUCGCGAAAGGCUUUUAAGCGGUACGGACGGGCAAUGCAGACGUCCGAUAUUCAACGCUUUUUGGGUGAGGCUUAUACUGAGCUUUAUGAUAGCGAAGAGUUCAUUAAGGUUUAGUAGUUUGAUUUAUAUGAAUAAUGAAUGGUGAUUUGGAUUAUCCAGUAGAGACAUCAUGGAGUUAUGAUGGAACAUAGGGAAUACCUUUU